UGACGUACAGUUUUGAAGCGAGCUUGUGUGUAUUUUUUUCCCCCUGCUGUUUUCAUUCGGUGAUUAGGGCAUCGGAGUUAAACCAAAACAAGAAGAGCUUGCAUGAAAUAAACUACAGUGCAGGUGGAUGUGAACAUGUCGGUCAUGAUCCAGGACACUUUGAUCCAGAGGACCAGGAUUUGACAAUCUGACACUUGAUUGUUUUGUUUUCUUCACUGUCGGAUGGCUGUAGUAGCAGAUUCAGUGACUCUAUAGACGGUAUUGAGAGCGUUGUAUUAAAUUCAACAAUAAGGUCAAGUUUGUUUAUUUGUUUAGAUGUGAACGCGUAUUAAGGCUUUAGCUCCAGUUAAGGUGCUCAGACCACUUGUUGAAAUUUGGGAAAAGUUUACAAUCACCGGUGCAUGAAAACCAAAAGCAGACUUUUUGUGUGUUUCUGUUAGUUCGGGGGUCGAUAUAUUGCUGGCUGCAAUACUUUCAAUUACGUCUGUAAAGAAGUCGAAUUGUGUUCACUGAAUACUGGCUUUGGUUGUUAGCUUUGCGGGGCUUGAGGCACUUUUUUUUUUUUUUUUUUGCUGUUGGCUAAAUUAGCUAGUUGGCUAGUUAAGGAAGCUAAAGCUGAACAGCUAUAAGAGUUCAGCGAAAGCAUUUUAUUCCACAAACAAUUUAUCCAAGACAACGCUAUUGACAGGAAUUUAUCCGACCGGAAUGUUACGCGUAAUUGGCAAUUUUUAGCUGUUAAGUUUAACUAAACGUCGUUAGCUGGUUGUUAGCUAACUGGCUAAGGCUUAGCUUUGCGAGCUCGAAAUGUUGCUUUCGAGCUAAGCUACGUUCAGCGACGUGUCAGAGAAAAUACUUGCUUUAUUGUUGCUAACCGAUUGAUAACAGUUUAUAAAAAUCAUUAGAUAUCUAUCUGAAAAUAAAAAUAAUAUCGAGAGCCCAAUGGAGGAAAUGAUGCAGAUACGUGCUAGUAGCUACAUGCUAAGGUAGUGUAGCUAGCGCGGCUAAACCUGCUAACAAAUUCAGACCGUUGGUAAAGUUUUAAAUCGACAAUAAUAUACUGAUAUAAUAUUUCUUAGAGACUUAUUUACGUACAAGGGAAAAAAAUCAGAUUUUUUAUUUUAGACAGUUUACAAUUUUAGAGAGUUUAGAGAGUUUGACAGCUGACGUUUCGGACUUUCUUCCCCUUAAAAAAUGAUUUGCAUUUCGAGCCAACAGGACUGUCAACCAUGAGAGGAUAUUUAAAACGUAUUUGAAAUUUAACUGCAAGCGUAUAACCCGUGGACAUUUGUUUUUGCUGUGAAGUCGAGUCUCUAAAACUCUUGCGGCCCUCAUCAUGUCCGGAUCCCCGGGCUCGAGUAGCUCCUCUAACCCGAGGAAGUUCAGCGAGAAGAUCGCGCUGCACAACCAGAAACAAGCGGAGGAAACGCGGGCCUUCGAGCAACUUAUGACGGACCUCACCGUCUCAAGGGUGCAGUUUCAGAAACUCCAGCAGCUUCGGUUAUCACAGAACCGUGCUCAGUACUACGGUGGUUCCCUGCCCAACGUCAACCAGAUUGGCAAUGCCAGCACUGAUUUCCAGGGCACGUUUCACUCUGGGCUUGACUCUGUGAGAGGGACCAGGCACCACGGUCUGGUAGAGAGAGUGGUCCAGAGAGACCGCAACCGCAUCAAUUCACCACACCGCAGACCUAUCGACAAACACGGACGGCAGGCAGAGAGUUCUCCUUAUGGAACGGUAUACCUGUCGCCUCCCCCAGACAACAACUGGAGAAGGGAACAGCAGCCAUGGACCGAAGAGAAACGGCCUGGGUUUAGAUUAAUAUCACAGCUCAACAGAACCAACUCCGAUUCAGCUCUGCAUACAAGUGCGAUGAACCCAAAUCAGCAGGAUCAGUUAAGCGGGAACCAGCAGACGGGCAGAGGGCCGCCCCAGCGCAACGCCAGCAUGAAUGAAGGAGAGGUGGAUGGCACAGGAGAUGUUUUCUCUUUCCCUGCUGUUCAUAAUGAGGAGAGUCUUAUAGGUGUGAGUAAGCCAUUGCCCAGGCAGCUGUGGGAGGCCAAAAAGGUUCAGUCCCUUUCAUCACGGCCCAAAUCUUGCGAAGUGCCUGGUAUCAACAUUUUCCCAUCUCCGGAGCAGAACGUUGGUCUCUCUCACUACCAAGGCACAUUAAAUACAGGCGGCUCUCUACCGGACCUCAGUAACCUGCACUUCCCCUCUCCUCUUCCCACCCCGCUUGAUCCUGAGGAAGGGGGCUAUCUUAACCUGAGUGGAGGCAGCAGCACAGGAAACCUGCCCGCUGCCAUGAUGCACCUUGGAAUCGGAAACUCUCCGGGCCUGUCAUCCUCUCUGAGCAACCCCUCCAUCCAUUCUUCCCUACGCCAUUCCUCGCUCUCCAGCCCUCCCACAGGGGGCAUGGCCACCUCACCCAGGAGAAGACCAGCUCCCAUCAGCCCCCUCACCCUUUCUCCUGGCUCGGAGCAGCGCCGCAGCCUGGGAAAGCAGCUCUCACCCACCAUGUCUCCCUCCCUCUCUCCAAUCACACAGGGAGUCCCUUUGGACACCAGCAAUCUGCCAAUGGAGCCGCCUCCUCCCUAUCCUCUCUACCAGCAAUCUCAGCAGACCAUGCAGCAGCAGACGACCCAGUCCCAUCAACCCAACCUCCAACAGCACCAGCCUCAGGGAGGACAGCAGCAGCCCGUUUCCCCUCUGCAAAAUAUUCCUCUGGACUUCAACUCCAGUGUUCAAAACCACAUGGGCGUGUUCUUCAACGAUCCGUUCCUGGAGCUGCAGUUCUCCGGUCGCCAGUCUAAGUGUUCAGCUUACCAGCAGGACCAGUACAAUAUGCUGGAGCAGGCCAUGAGCUCCAUGGCCGGAGGAUUUGACCCUUCCUCUAACCUUUACUGCUCACAAGAUUCACUAAUGGGCCUGAGCGGUAGCCAUGGCAACCUGCAGGACCCCUUGCAGAUGAAGGCUAACAUGCUGUACUCGAACUGUGGAGGUGCAGUGCCCAAUAUCAUACUUACAGAUGAGUCAAGUCAUAGCCUGUCGAAGGAUAUCAGCAACGUGUUGUCAGCUGUGCCUGAGUGCUUCGAUUCAGAGGGGGUCUUCCCCCUGGAAGACGAGCUCCGCAUUGAACCUCUCAGCCUGGAUGGACUGAGCAUGCUCAGUGACCCCAACAUGGUUCUGCCAGACCCCUCGGUGGAGGACAGCUUCCGCAGUGACAGACUCUGAGGAGCUGCAUGUGUGCAUGCAUAGUCUUUCUCUCUUUCUCUUUUUUUUUCUCUCUCUCUGUCUAACACACAAACUUUCUCAAGACCCUUUGUCCAAUGCUGUGUAAAACUGCACCAGCAGAACCCACUCCUGCUUUACACACACAAAGCAAAAACAUAUGGCCCUUUUUCCCUCACACGCAUACACUACAGCUUCAUGUACGAUUACUAGUGAGAUAUUCACACGUUUCUGUGACUCACAGGAGCAUCGUCUCUCAGGGGCCAUUCUCACUCUGUGUUCUCCAUCUGCCACUUGAGACAGUGAUGACUGUAAUAUUCACAGUGAGAACACCAAGUGAAUUCAGUCUGAUUGCUUCAUAUACCCACACACACACACACACACACACACACACACACACACAGGAAGCCUGAUCCAGGACUGAAAAAGAUUUUUAAUCUUUUAAUCUGUGGCCAGUCCCAACAUCUGUUAAAUCUCCAGCUGGGAAUUGAUGGAGUCCUCCAGCAUUCUGCAUUUUUACGAACGGAGAACAUGUGUAUAAAUUUGCAUUACAUCCGUGAGGGUGUAGUCUUUUUUUUUUCUUUUUUUGUUUGGUAGCGUAAUCACCUUGCAGGAGUGACACCAGCAGCACUGUGGUUGUUGUAAUUUUGCUCGUUUAAUUGUUUCUGACUGCUGCUUAUUACAGAGAUCCUGUCUAAAAUCAAGGUCUCGUAUUCAGCCUGACAAUCAGCACUGUUAAAUGGAGGCAGCUUUACGACACGAGACUUGUCUGACCUGCUCCACCGCAUUGCAGGUCUCUAAUGGCUAUAACCAAAUGAAUGCGCUAUUUUUACAUCCAGAAAGCCACGUUUGCUUUCAGGCACGAUUGUUAGAAAUCAGAAACGGUUUCAGAUUGUAUGCCAAAUAGCAGCCAACCGUGGGGACUGUCCAGCACUGUCCUGUCUGCAUUGUGUGGUUGUAUAGAGAGAGAGAGAAAGAGAGAGAAAAUACACAACAGCAUGGUGCAUUGUGGAACAGAAGGAGACAGCAAUCUGCCUGAUCGCAGCUCAUAUUGAUGCACCACAUGCACCGUGUCUGUGCACCAGCAGGACGGGUCGAGUUAUUUCCCUCCCCUCCAGACUGCCUAGCAUGAGCAGUGAAUUCUGGCCCUCAUAGAUAUAUUUGAAGAGUAAAGAGAUGAGGGAAUCAGGCUUUUCUGUACAGAGCAUUAUGAUGUUUAUUUUUUCGCUUCUAAGGUUUUUUUGUAUUGGAAAAAGUUCAAUGUUAAUCAAAAAUACAUAUGCCUCAUAAUUUCAAAAAGGGAAAACUGUUUACAAAAAAGUUUAAGACCUAAAGCUUAGAAGUAGAAGUUUAAAGUUUUUAUGAUUUUGGUAUCUUUCUGGUAGAGUAUAUUUCUAUCUUUUCUGGUCCGGUCUGUGAAUAGAAGCCCUCUUCAUGCUUUUGGCUAUGCAGAAUUUAAUAUCAAUGUAAACUCAAGGCUGGGAAAAGUCCCAGGUCUUGAGAAAGGAACUAUUUUACCUGUAUAUUUAAUACUAUAUACAAGUUCUAUAUAUUCACUUUAUACAUUUUAUACUGACUUUUAUUUUCAUUUGUCGAUCUGUCAAGCUCUGAAUUUAAUGUUGGUUUUUUUUUUGUGAACGAAUUGUGGUGUUUUUAUGAACGCUUGGCCUGCAUUCCCUCUGUGGUCAGAAUGUUUAUUAGUGGACAUGGUACACAUUAAGCUUUGCGUUUAUUGCCGCCUUUGAACAUUUUGCACUGAUCAUCAGAAGGAACUAAAUUGCUUUUUAGCUAUGGAUGUCGCUGUGAUUUUGCACAUGAUGUAUGCAAAAAAAAAAAAAGCCUUUUGAAUGUAUGCACUAAUUUUUUUUAAUUUUUUUUUACUUUGCCACACUAAGAUGACCAACAAAUUUUUAAAAGGAAUUGUCGCUGCGCAGUAACGUUGCUCAGGAAUACGCAUGUUUUUGUUACGCUCACUAAAUCAUAUCACGUAUCAACAGGUUGGGAAAGCUUUGUUCUAUAAGAAGCUUUUUCUUCGAACGGGGAUUAAAACGAACAUUAUUUACAAGAUUCUUUUGUAAGAUUGUUUUCUGAGGCAAUAGCAAUACUACGUGUGUACCAUGUCCACUUUGAUUUUAUCAGUGCUCUGUGGUCUGUGCACUUGAAGGGAUCUGGGGAGAUUUUGUAUGUACAAAACCAAGCAAAAAAAAAAAUGAAUCUACCGACUAUCUGCAGUUGAAGAUGUGGAGUUAUCAUUUUUCUUCUUUCAUAGCAUGGUGCAGAUCAGAGGUCAGGAUUUCUGCUGCAUCUUGCUUUGCAUAGCAUCCUUUUCUUUUCUUUGUCUAGCUAAUAACUCUUCUUCUAUGUCUGUCUAUCUGUGUCAGCUUUGCGUUUGAAACAGUUUGUAUGCAGACUUUAAUGUUGACGCUUCUGCACAGUUCAAAAGUUUGGAUUCGAGCUCCAGCUAUAGAAGAGUCUUUUUUCACAGACGGCACUCGCAGCCUGCUCCUUCUGCUUUCUAGAGGACGUCUCGUCUUCUUCUGCCUUAUUGUUGCUGGGCUCUGACCUCGUGACCGUCCCUCUGAUUGUACUGUGAUGUUUCACCCCUAUUCCAAGCCCUGUGCUAAAAAUGUUUUCUUUUUAAAAAAAAAACAACAUUAUAUAUAUAUAUAUAUAUAUAUAUAUAUAUAUAUAUAUAUAUAUAUAUAUAUAUAUAUAUAUAUAUAUAUAUAUAUAUAUAUAUAUAUAUAUACACACUUUUGUUAUACUGGUCUGUACUACAAUUAAUAUUAGUAGAUAUUUUUUGUUUGUAGAGCAGCAUUUUUUUCUAUUUGUAUGAUUUUUGGGGGUGUUUUACUGUUUUGUUUUUUUUUUCUUCUUUUUUUUUGUUAUUCGACUUUUUUUGAAAUGUACAGUUCUGUUAUUUAAAAAUAUUUCUUAUUCACUAGUGUUACUAUGUUUUGGUUGUUUAUUUUUUUUAUUAUUAUAAUUUUUUUUUUGUAAUAUGCCAUUUUUAAACAUUUAUUAUAAUUUUUUUUUCAGAUAUUAAAAUAUUACUACACCAUAAUGCUUUUGGUUUGUGACCUAUAGUGCUUAACAUUUGAUUUAAUAUAAACAAUAAAACUCUUUGUCUCUCUUUAUAAAUUGUCAAACGCUCCCUUCUCCGUAUCUUCAGCUCCUGAUGCUGAAUUGAAAUGAACUUCAUUUUAUGAAGGAAUCUUUGUCUUUUUUUUUUUUUUUCCCCCUCCUUUGUCUUUCUUUUUGCCAGUAGAUGGAGGCAGCGAGAUGUACUUCGCUGUUAAGUCAGCCUCAGGAAAAAGAGAACGCAGGAUUCACUGUGGAAUACUCUGGUGAUAUUUUUGAUAUCUGGCAACCCUGAGUCGAGCUGAGUGGAAGUGAGCGGAGUCUCAGGUGAGGAGCAGCGGCGCAGCAAACCGCGUGUCACAAGCUGCAGUGAUAUCCAUAAGCCAGUCCCAAUGAGCAUUAUAAAGAGAAUCAGCUUCUUCAAAGCACCACCAGAUCCAUGUGGUGAUCACCAGGAGAUCCACUGGUGAUGAUGGAAAGAGAUCUGGUCGUGCUCCAUUUAAAGUCAACGUGCCAUCGGAUUUCCAUAAAUCACCUGCUUGUUGUCAGUUGAAGGUGGAAUUUAGAGUUGUUCUGCCUGGAUAAAGAGCAUCUGGAACCCCAACCAAA